GGCUGGGGCCACCGCUCCCACCCCCCAGAUGUGUGGGGACUUGGAGACACAAGGCCCAGGAGGAGGAGGAGGAGGAAAAUAAGUAUGAGCUGCCCCCCUGUGAGGCUCUACCCCUCAGUCUAGCCCCUGCUCACCUUCCUGGCACUGAGGAGGACUCCUUGUACCUGGAUCACUCUGGCCCCCUGGGUCCAUCAAAGCCAUCGCCACCCCUGCCUCAGCCCACCAUGCUGAAGGGAGCAGUGAGCCUGCCGGUGGCCGGGAAGCAGGGACCUAUCUUCGGGAGGCGAGAGCAGGGUGCAUCGUCCAGAGUGGAGCCAGGCCCUCCAAAGAAACCUGAUGAGGAUCUUUACUUGGAAUGUGAGCCCAAUCCAGUCCUGGCUUUGACUCAGACUCUCAGCUUCCAAGUCCUGAUGCCCUCAGGCCCUCUGCCCAGGACAUCAAUGGUGCCCGGGCCUACCACAGCCCCCCAGGAAACUCAGAAUGGAGCAGCAGAUGCCGCCUCUAAAGGGCCUGCACCAAAUCAGGAAGCUCCUAGUCUGUGCCUCAAGAUCACGCCUCAUUUGGAGGUCACACGAGGCCUGGCUGGUGGGUCCUACCAGGGCACUGGAUCUGGAGAGUGGAGGAAGCACUGGGUGCCGGGGUUUGGACUCGGGCCCAUGUACACCUCCUCCUACCCCCCACCCCCGCAGCUGUCCCCUAGAAGCCGCCUUUGCCCACCCCCACCCCACCAGCUCAAUAAUCUGCUUCUUCUAGCAGGAAGGAAAUCAUCUCUUCCCUCUGUAGCCCCCACUGGGAGCACCUCAGCUGCUGAGGAUGGUGAUCUGCUGGCUCAGCCUUGGUACUCGGGGAACUGUGACCGCCAUGCUGUUGAGAGUGCCCUGCUCCACUUACAAAAGGAUGGGGCCUAUACCGUGCGCCCCAGCUCAGGGCCUCAUGGCUCCCAGCCCUUCACCCUGGCAGUGCUUCUCCGAGGCCGGGUCUUCAACAUUCCCAUCUGGCGGCUGGAUGGCGGACGCCACUAUGCCCUGGGCCGGGAGGGCAGGAACCAUGAGGAGCUCUUCUGCUCCGUGGCCGCCAUGGUCCAGCACUUCAUACGGCACCCUCUGCCCCUUGUGGACAGACACAGCGGCAGCCGGGAACUCACCUGCCUGCUCUUCCCUGCCAAGCCUUGAGGCCACAGCGAAGUACACACAGCCUUUGGCCCCAGUUUGCUUCUUGCCCCGCCCCACCUUGGGCUGUCUUCCUCUCUCCUUCCCCACCCCUCCUCGCCCUAGCCUUUCCCAGU